AUGUCGCCACAGUUUAAGACUGGUGAUUUGGUUCUGUGUAAAGUUGGUUCAUUUCCUCCGUGGCCAGCAGUGAUUUUCCCUCAAAGAUUUCUUCGAAAGGAUGUCCUCCGUAAAAGAAAACCAGACUGUGUAGCAGUAUGUUUUUUCAAUGAUCCUACCUACUAUUGGGAACAACCCCAUCGGUUAAAGUCACUGGACGAUAAAAUAAUAGUACAGUUUCUCGAGGCCAAAAGUUCGAAUCAAACUGAUUUGAUAGAAGCUUAUAAACAGGCUAAGAAUUAUAAGAACGAUCUGAAAAAGUUGAUCGUUAAAAGAUUUGUAGAAGAGAAGAGAAAAGGUGAACUAGACCACAUAAAUGAUCUGGAAAAUAAUAUAAUAUUUGGAAAAAAUCCUUUUUCAGAUCGAAAAGAUGAUAGAAAGAAUGCUAAAGAUUCCGCAGCAUAUAAGCAGGAGGAUAGCUCAUCAUCUAAAAAUAAUGAAUCGAGAAGAUCAUCAGGUACUAGAAAAAGGACCAAUAUAGAUCAAAAUAAUGAAAAUUACAUUGAACAAACUGUAAAUAAUAUUAAAAGCGAUAAAUAUAAGGAACUAGAUAAGAAAAGGAAGGAGAGAAAAGUUCGUAACAAAUUGGACAGGUCAAGAAGAGUUGAAAUUGCAAUGUUGUUUCGUAGGAGAAUACAAAAAAAUCUCAUACAAAGAGAAUCAAAGCCAACAAUUAACGAAAUUAACGAAUCACAUAAGUUAUUGAACAAAAUAGUUGAAAAUUUGAGUAAUGUUCCUCCCUUUUUUGAUAUCGAUACUUUACGGAAAAGUAAAUUGCAUAAGCUGUUAAAAGUCAUCAUUAAUGACAAAAAUUUGGACGCAUUCCAUCCAGUUUGUGAAGAAAUCUUACUCAGCUGGUCUGACUUUUUAACCCAAUUAAAAGCCGAAAAAGAAAUGGGCAAAUUGGAAACAUAA